AUGGAAGAGCCGCCGGAGGGGCACGGCCACCGAGACGCGGCGCCCGGCCCGGCGAGCAGCGGCAGCGGCAGCGAUGGCGAGAGCGUACCCGUGUCCCCCAGCCCCGCGCCCGCCUCCCCCGCCGCGCCCUGCCCCCUGCCCCUGCCCCGCCGCCGCCACCCGCCGCCCCCGCCGCCGCCGCCGCCGCCCCACCGCACCACCAACUUUUUCAUCGACAACAUCCUGAGGCCGGACUUCGGCUGCAAGAAGGAGCCGCCCGCGCCGGCCGGCGGCGGAGGAGGAGGAGGAGGAGGCAGCCGGGAGCGGGACGGAGACCGGGGGCAGAGCUCAGGUAGAGAAAACGUCAACCCGCUGCUGGCCCGGCCGCCCAACCCGCCCUCCCUCCUCUGCCCGGACUCGAACUGCCGUCCCGACGGCUCCGCGCCGCCGCCGCCGCCCGCCGCCGCCGCCGCCAAAGCCAGCCCCGCCGCGGCGGCAGCAGCGGCGGCGGCGGCGGCGGCGUCGGGGGCGGCCAAGCCCCCCGCCGAUGGGGGCGAGACUCACCCGGCGAAGUACGGGGAGCACGGCAGCCCCGCCAUCCUCCUCAUGGGCUCUAAUAAUGGAGGACCUGUUAUAAAGCCCGACUCGCAACAGCCGCUGGUGUGGCCUGCCUGGGUCUACUGCACUAGGUAUUCAGACAGACCGUCCUCGGGCCCCCGCACCAGGAAGCUGAAGAAGAAGAAGACGGAGAAGGAGGACAAGCGGCCGCGGACGGCGUUCACGGCCGAGCAGCUGCAGCGGCUGAAGGCGGAGUUCCAGGCGAACCGGUACAUCACGGAGCAGCGGCGGCAGAGCCUGGCCCAGGAGCUCAGCCUCAACGAGUCCCAGAUCAAGAUCUGGUUCCAGAACAAGCGAGCCAAGAUCAAGAAGGCGACGGGCAUCAAGAACGGGCUGGCGCUGCACCUCAUGGCCCAGGGACUCUACAACCACUCCACCACCACCGUGCAGGACAAAGAGGAGAGCGAGUGA